AUGUUAAGACCUCACAGUCGAUUCGUGUGUGCUGGAAAUCCAUUAGGACGUAUAGAUCUGCGUGAUCCCACGAGUUUAAAUGUUGAGCAUAGCAUAGACACACAUACAGGAAGCUUGAGUGAUUUCGAUGUGCAAGGAAAUCUUCUUGUUACGUGCGGUUUUAGUAACAGGCACAAUUCAUUAGCUGUUGACAGAUUUUUAAUGGUGUAUGAUUUAAGAAUGUUGAGAGCAAUAUCUCCGAUGCAGACUGUUAUAGACCCAUUCUUUUUAAAAUUUGUUCCGUCUAUAUCAUCAAGAUUGACUGUGAUUUCUGUAUUAGGACAGAUACAAUUACUCGAUACCAUUGCGUUGGCCGAACCAAAGCUGUGUUUAUUUCAAAUGGAAAAUCCAGGUGCUAUGUGCUUAACGUUUGAUAUAUCCUCCAGCAGUCAGAUUAUGGCUUGUGGUGAUAAUACAGGCCACAUACACGUAUUUUCAGGCUCUAAUGUAACUGAACCUGUUGUUAACUCCUUCUCGAGACCAUGCGAAAUGCCAGAUACACCAACCGUUUAUCCAAGUUUUAGUAUUGACGAUUAUAAUACACCCCUCUCGGUGAUUCCCAUGCCAAUUGUUCCUCCUGAAAUACCUUUGGCUUCUGAUUGGCCCCUUCAUCUUAUGCAGAAAGUAUACAGAAAACCAUUAGGCAUUGACCCUGAAAUCCUUUCCUCGAUGAAAAUGCAAGGUCCUAUCGGAUAUUCACCAAAUCCAAAAACAACAAGGAGAAAUCAAGUACCCUACGAUUUUGCUCAAAAUGGCAUCUCCAAUAAUUAUGCUCAGUUGAAUCGAAGUCCAAAACACAACGAAGAUAAUGGAACUUUUAUAGCUAUUCCCAAAAGAUAUCGGAAAGUCGAUGUCAAGUACAAUAAGCUUGGUACUGAUGAUUUUCAAUUCGAUCAUUACAAUAAAACGGGAUUUUCUGGACUCGAAGCCACUCUCCCCAAUUCAUAUUGUAACAGCAUGCUACAGGUUUUAUAUUAUACGGAACCAUUACGAGCAGCUCUUCUAACCCAUCUGUGUAUGAAAGAAUUUUGUCUCUCGUGUGAACUGGGAUUCUUGUUUCACAUGCUUUUGACAGCUUCACACAACCAACCAUGUCAACCAGGAAACUUUUUAAGAGCCUUUCGAACAGUUCCCGAAGCAUCUGCACUCAGUUUAAUUUUAAGCGAUCUUCAUCCGGACGCUAAACAGAAAAUUGAACUCUCAGCUUUAAUACAGAGUUGGAACAGGUUUAUACUACACCAGAUGCAUGUGGAAUUAACUGAAACACGAAAGAAAAAUGAUGAAAGGAAGGCAGCUAGGAAACUUUUCAUUUACAAAGAGACAGAUUUUCCCAGUAUAUCAGGAGAAAAAGUUAAGGAAAAGAAGCCACCUGUAGAAGCUGAUAUCGAAAUUAAAUUGGAAGAUGAAAGAAGGGACGACAUUUCAGACAUUAGUCAAUUAUUUGGAACAAAACAGUUGCAAUUAAAUUGUUGUCUUAAAUGUGGAAAUGAGGUACCCUACGAUUUUGCUCAAAAUGGCAUCUCCAAUAAUUAUGCUCAGUUGAAUCGAAGUCCAAAACACAACGAAGAUAAUGGAACUUUUAUAGCUAUUCCCAAAAGAUAUCGGAAAGUCGAUGUCAAGUACAAUAAGCUUGGUACUGAUGAUUUUCAAUUCGAUCAUUACAAUAAAACGGGAUUUUCUGGACUCGAAGCCACUCUUCCCAAUUCAUAUUGUAACAGCAUGCUGCAGCCAAAUUUAUAG